AUGUCAUCAUCAGAAAUUGAAACCAUCUUCAAUUCUCUAUUUCCGAUCAGUGAAAGAAAGGCUUUCUCUCAAAAACUUUCGUAUGGCACAGCCGGAUUCAGAAUGAAGGCAGAUUCUAUUUUGGAUCGUGUUGUUUUCUCUGUUGGAUUACUUGCUUGUUUGAGAGCAUUGGAGAGGAACGAAUCUGUCGGAGUGAUGAUCACAGCAAGCCAUAACGGAGCACAAGACAAUGGAGUCAAAUUGGUGGAUCCAUCGGGUGAAAUGUUAGAAGCAAGUUGGGAGGAGAAGGCCAUGCGAUUGGCCAAUCGUAUUCAUGACGCAUCGGAAUUGGCUGCUACUUGCCAAGAAUUGGCAAAAGAAUUAAAUUUGGAUGGAAAUUCAACAAAGACUCUCUGUAUCUGUGUUGGAAAAGAUACAAGAGAGAGCAGUGAUCGAUUGGUUGAGUAUUUGAAAGCUGCAAUUUCAACAUUUAGAAAAGAAGGAAUUGUUUUUGUGGAUUACGGAUUGGUGAUCACACCUCAACUUCACUACAUGGUCAUGCUGGCUAAUAGUCACCAAGAAACAAAGAAUUUCCUUUCUCAAGCAUUCACUUCUCAUGAAGAAAAGCAAGCGAAGGUUCAAGAUAAGCUGAGUGAGAAUUUGAAUAUUUAUUACGAAAAUAUUUCCCAUGCGUUCAAAUCGUUAGUUCACAAACUUGAAAAGCCAAUAGAUGUUAACUUGGAUUGUGCAUUCGGAGUUGGAGGCAAAAAGGUGAAAGAGCUUGCCUCUCAUUUGAAAGGGUUUGUCAACUUGACAAUUGUAAAUGAUUUUGAGCAAGUGGGAAUUCAAAGCUCUCAACAAUAUCUCAACCACAAAUGUGGAGCUGAAUACGUUCAAAAACAAAAAGCAGUACCUAUCAAUUGUGAAAAUUUUAAGAAUUUGGCAAGUAUUGAUGGAGAUGGUGAUAGACUCGUUUUCUAUUAUAUCAACAGUAAUGGGGAUUUGUGUCUAUUGGAUGGUGACAAAAUUGCAAGUCUUUUAGUUAAAUUCAUUGGAGAAAUGCUCAAGAAAACCAAUUUAUUGGACCAAUUAAUUGUUGGAAUUGUUCAGACAGCUUACGCCAACGGAUCCUCAACAACCUAUCUGAAACAAGUGUUGGGAGAAGAACGUAUCUUUUGCGUUCCCACCGGUGUGAAAUACUUGCAUCACAAAGCCAAAGACCUUGACGUGGGAGUUUAUUUUGAAGCCAAUGGUCAUGGUACUGUUGUAUUUUCUGAUAGGGCAAAAAAGGCAAUAGAUGAUCUCUACAACAAGAGCAAACAUGAGCCAUCUGAAAUGGCAGAAGCAAUUUCAAAUCUAUAUGCGUUCACUAAUUUAAUUAAUUCAACAGUUGGUGAUGCAUUUAGUGAUUUAUUGGCCGUUGUGGCCGUAUUAAGUUAUUAUCAUUGGUCAUGGUCAGAUUGGGACUCGCAUCUCUACACUGAUGUGCCAAGCGUUCAAGAUAAGCUUCGAGUCAAAGACAGAACCAUCAUCAAAACCUCAACAGAUGAAACACAAGUCAUUUCACCUUCUGGAAUUCAAGACAAAAUCAAUGAAUGUGUUGCAAAGGUUAAAAAAGGAAGGGCAUUCAUUCGUCCAAGUGGGACAGAAGAUGUUGUGAGAGUUUAUGCUGAGGCUGAAACUCAACAAGAGGCAAAAGAUCUAGCAAUAGACGUCUUGCACAUUAUUUACAACGAUUUACAAGGAACAGAGAAGCCACCUUCCAAGCUUUAA